UACUCCAUAGCGAUCAGGUUUCGCUUGCGGUGGCUUUCAAGUAUCUGUUUAUGCUGCAAUUGUAGCUUGAAGCUGGUGUGGAAAGUAACGCCAUUAGAAGAAAAUGGUUGAAUCUAUGGGUGCCGGGUCAAAAAUGUUUUGCUGCAAACUUAUCAAACGAGUUACAGACCGCCGACCCCAAAUCACGGAAGUGGAUCCUGAAGCUAAAUUUUGGCAGCAGAGGGGACAGUGCAGCCGAUUUGCCCUGGUGAACCCUUUAUUUAUAGCCUUGAUGUUCCUUGUCGAUGUCGUUAUGGACUGUAAAAUGGCUGCAACGCACUACGAAGGGGGAGACCACAAAUGGGCGGCAUACACGCUAGGCGUAAUAAUAUUCUCGCAGGUUUUUACUGAGAUCUUGUCAGCCAUAUUUUACCAUGACGAUCUAACGAAUGAAGGAAAAACUUCGUGGCUGAAACAUUUCAAAUUGCGAGUGAAGCCUUGGUUGUGCGCUAUCCAUUUAAUUCUUUGCGGUCGUUUUCUGCGGUGCUUUCAGAUAUUCAAAACUGUACGUUUGAUAAGAAGAAUCGAUGAGCCACAUGAAGACAAUUGUCAGUUGUAUCGGCUGUAUAUAUCCCAACUGCAAGACUCGAGUACGUUGAGUGUCGUGGAGGCGUUUACCGAAGAAGCACCUCAGGUCGCCCUACAGAUGUACAUCUUGGUUCAGAAAUCAAGCUUGGACUGGACAUCUUUUGCAAAUUGGUUUAUUUUAGUGACCAUCAUCAAGUCUUUAUGUCUCUUCUCUUUUAAUUUGCUCACUUUUGUCAGGAUGUUGCGCUUAGGAAAACAAGAUAGCCAAUUAUUGGAGCUUUUCAGCUUUGCCUCUCUUUUACAUUUCACUUGGCGUUUGUCGAUGGUUGCCUCUCGAAUCCUGGCUUUAGUGCUUUACGCUUCUCUGUACAAAGCCAUGAUUUAUGCCGUCCUUUGUGUCCAUUUGUUUUUCUCGUACUUGCUUUUACGAGGACAGCCAAAUAAUUACUUCGAAGAUGGAUCCGUGAAAGACAAAUUUCUCAGAUUUGCUUUCACUGUCGUAAGCGUGUUCUGUUUCUUUCCUCUGGCGGGCAAACGCACACGAAAGUGGGGAGGUCCUUAUUAUCUGGUGACGUUCAUCGAAAACUCCAUCUUGUUGUUGGUGUGGUAUUUCUAUAGCGACUGGAAGCAUUUCUCCAGGGUAAUGAUGUUGAUGGCUGGGUGGGGCUUAUUUUUGUUAGGUCUGCUGUCCUUGUUACUGUAUUACGGUAUUUUUCAUCCGUCCUUUAAAGACCAAGAGGAUGUCGGUCCCUGUGUCAUUCCUUCCUCUACUCCAAAGUUAACACGACAAAAUGUCAUUCUACAGUUUGAAAGUACGGUUUGAAUUCUCUUACAGAUAUAUGACACUGAAGGGGGACGAAUAUUGUUACUUUUAUCUUCAAAGGGUCUUUUAAAUUUCCGUGCUUUGAUCAUAGCUGGCGCACGGAAUCAAACCGUCCAACAAUCAAGAACAAAAUGAAAUAUAUCGGUUAGGUCAUUUGUAUUUCGAACAAACCUACAUCGCGUUUAGAAGCCGGAUAACUUGCAUAGUUAACGAAAUAACUUAAAACUAGCAAAAUCCGUGGAUCUGCGUCGAUAUAUAAAAAGGCACUAAUUUUUUUAACUAAGGAUUUAUUUGGAAUUGUUCGAAAGAAUAAUCUUGAUAAGCGUUCGAACCUCCCACAAAUGGAAAACUUUGUCACCAGGGGUUUUUCCUUCUAGAGAUUGGGUAGGCGCUGAGAAAAAGUUUAGAAGGUAGAAGACGCCAAAAUGUUUGUUCGAGGUUUCAUUGUAUGAGAAAUAAAAACGUAAGACUUUCGAGUAAUGUAGACUGUAUUAACACUACUAUCUGAUAAGCUCCAAAGAGUUCCUGAGCUAUGAUAUCGUCGUGGUAAAUAUAGUUGAAUAAUAAGUGAAUGAAUAAACAUUGAAAGAUGAAUAAGCUUAAA